AUGAAGAAGCCUGCAUCGAAGAAGGCUCCUCAGAAGGCUCUGGCAAUGAAGACACUACCGAAACAGACAUCUGCGCAGAAGGGUGCCAAGCGUGGUGCCAAAAAGAAGCCCGCUGGUAAGAAGUCCAUGAAGCAGCUUUCGAGCAACAAGACGGGCAAAACGGUCAUGAAAAAACCUGGGGCCGUGACUCACAAAAGACCUGCAGCGAACAUGUUGGAUGCCAUUGUGAAGGCAAAAAGUAUGAGAGCCUUCAAGGCAGCAGUUGACAAAGUUGCAGACGUUAAUCGACUUUCAAGGAGCCUGACGCAUCGUCAGUGGCUCCUUGACUUGGUCUAUUUUGAUGGUCCAGACAGUGAAGAGAAGCUUGAACUCCUUCUGGACGCGGGCCUGGACGCCAACAUGUCAGGGCUAUUGUAUUCGUCAGUUUUUGGUUCUGGCGGGUGCAUGAGAUUGCUUUUGGAAUUUGGUGCCGAUCCCCUUGGUGACCGCGCGCACAAUCCUCAUGCUCGUUGCCCUUUUCUAGCCGCAGCUGAUGAAGGAAAUCCAGGGAAGGUGAUGCAGACAUCUCAGGAGGCGCUCUUUGCUCAUCCCAACUAUGAAGAGACGGCAGAAGAAGUCUGGAAACACACCAUCGAACGGAUGCAUGAAGACCUGCUGGAGCAGCAUGGACGAGCUUCCUACCCGAGAGCGAAGAAAUGGCUUAGGGAAGCGCUCUUGCAAUAUGUGGAUGUUGAUUACAAGAACAUGGCUCAUGGCGCUUGA